CGUGUGUGGCGUGGAAAGUUGCAUCGCCACGCUGUUCUCUAGUAUGUAGACCGGUUGUCCUGUUACAGGUUGAUGUAGGAGAUAUUUUAUUGUUUGGCUAUUGGUGCUGAAACGUGUAUCGAGUGGUAUCUGUUAAAGAGACACACCCCGUAAAAGUGAAUUUUGAGCCAGCCAGACGUAGAUGAUCUUUGAUCGUUUCGGUCGAGAUGUCAAUGAAAGUUAAUGAAUAAAGAGAUUGGUCGAAACACCAGUUAUAUUUACUGGCCUGCGAGCCAUCAGACUGUUCCAGAUUAAUGGCGCGAUCGGUAAUGAACGUGGCAGCGAGGGCCACGGCAAUCACGGCUCACUUCUUGGUACCACAAAUCCCGACUUCCUUGUACCAUGCAGCUCUUCUUCGCAUCGCAUCGCAUCGCAUCGCAUCGCAUCGCGUCCACACGCAUUAUAUUAUCAAUACGACCUUGUCUUACUCGCAUCUGUCUCUUCUCGGCCGUUUAAUGGAUCAAUUUUUCUUAAUGCACGUAGCAAGUUACCGGAUUCAUUUCCAGAAAGAGAUGAAGUGCAUGUUGAGUUCAAGAAUUGUUGGCUGAAGAAUAGAAUAACGAGAAUAUUGAAUUUCACGUCGUUGCUUAAUCGCAGUUGA